UCUAAGUUAAUCAAAAUGGAGUUUAUUAUGGGCAACUAUGAUUGUGUCCGGUUCAACCCUAGACCGAAGAGAAUCUUAGCUGACCACAACUUCCAAACAUUUUGACCGGAUUUUCAGAGCCCAAGCCAAGAGCACUUUCCCGUUUCACCCGCAUCGGCUUUCCGGCAUCUGGCUUGACGGCAACUGGCUUAACCUUAACGCUAACUCCUCCGACCUGGCGCCCGGCUCCUACCAAGAAGCCACCGCGGAGGAUGGUCUUCGUGGCAGCCCUCCGCUCCAUUAAUCUCCACGGCUUUCUCCUCCACCACAAGGCCGCUUCUCUCCAACUCCUACGACACCCUCUCCUCGAUCCCCUCAAUCCUUCCCCAAACCCCAAUUCUAGGGUUUCCAAUCCUUCUUCCCGGCUAUUCUCCCCUCCAAGAACAUUCUCCUCACCCGCGGCCCAAGAAAUCGACUCGGAUUCCUCCACCCUCUAUUCCAAUCCCCAGAACGCCGAAUCCACGGACCUUGAAUCGAAGCCCAGAAGCCUGUAUUCGAUCUUCGCGAAGCCCUCGGUGGUUCCAGGGGUCAAAAAGCUUCCACCAGUACCAGAUGGGAUCUCCAAGAAGGAGAGGCGGGUGCCCGUAUAUGGUUCUUCUAGGUAUCGGCCGAUGGAAGAGAAGGAGUUCCCCAAAGAACUCUCCCCGGAGGUGCUGUCGCUUGUGAGCCGCUUGGAAGAGGAGGGGUACCUAAAAGACGCAAAUUUCUCCCGAGAAGGCCCAUUGGAUCCCAAGGAUAUCCCGUCCACCUUAUAUUCUCGCCAUUUCCUGAAAUCAGCUGCGGAGAAGUUCGGUCAAGAUCACCAAGAAAUUGCGAAGUGGUUGUCUGGAAGUGAUUUAAAAAAGAUUGCUCUUUUUGGUUGCCCAUCAAUAGAGAGAAAAACAGUUUUCUCAGCUAAAAGAUUGCGUUCUUUCUUCAGCAUUCAGGAGGAUGUUAUAUGUCGAGGAUGCAAGCUUAAAAGCUCAUGCAAAUUUGUGAACCAAAGAGUAGCUAGAGAGGAAAAAUUGAUCCUAGCUGAUGCGAUGAGAAUUCUUGCUUUAUUUGCUUUGGAUUCAGUUCCUCAACAACUAUUUAUUCCCAAUGAUCUAAAAUUUUCUGUCCGUAAAUUACUGAAGGAGGUAGUCAGUCUUAGUAAUUGACAAUUCAAGCAAACUUAGGGCUUGACAUCAUCUUUAGUUGAGCACUAGAGUUGCUCUAUUUUUGUAGUGGAAAUUGUUGUAUCAGUGAUUGAUGCAAGAAGAUGGAAAUAUGAGCUUGCUUAGUAUUUAUGGUUCUUAAUGACAAAGGUUUUGACCAUGUAUAGAUUUCGUUUUCUAUGGAAAUGUAAUCAGUUGUGCGUGGCAAAUUAAUGGAGAAAAAAAGAAAAAUUUGUUGCCUCUUA